CACAACUUGAAACUUGCGCUUUUCAUAGGAGUAUGUUCUCUGGUCAGCAUAGAGAUAUUUGCUCUGACCGAGGGUGUGAAAACUGUCGGGAAUUAUCUGAAAACGUUCGCUGUACUUGCAUUUCCAAUAUCAAACGGUCAAAGCCGUCGUCUGAUACUAGCACACCUGUCGAUCAAAAGAAAAAGCGCCUGCAUAAUAAUAGCUCUCCAGUUUCUAUGGAGAAGAAAAACUGCAUUGAUACAUUUACUUCUUGGUCAAAUGGAGACCAAGUUGACUUCAUUUGCAACCUGUUGUCGAAAAUUUCUCACUUUCAACAAAGUCAAAUCAAUGAUUUCCUAGAACCUCUCCUAAAGCGUGAUUUUAUUGUUGCGCUCCAAAUGACGUGACGUUACUUGAAUGCUACUGCUUUGGAAAUCUGUGGCAUUUCAAGUUUAUCAGUUAGUUUACUAGUCACGUUAUCACUUUUAGUCAGUAGAAAAUCAGGCCAGAACUGAGUUAUUUGUCAACUUUUAGAUAAGUCACCUUUAUACAUUUCUAGAAAUUGUAUAGGGAUUUGAUGUGUAUACAUUGUAAUACUGUCUAAUAUUAGUUCAUAUUGUAUAAAUAACAUGAAUUAGUACGAUAUCUAGUACGUUUUAUGUGUUUAAACUAAAACCCGACCGUUGUUGCUACCUUGACGUGGUGGUCGGGCUUGCCUAUCGUGAUGAAGCAACCGAGCUAUACUGGCUGGAACAACCGUUCCUCAAGGUUCCUCAAGAUAAUGGUGACCGUCUGCUGCAACUAUGCUCAGACAAUCGCUUAUUUUUAGCAAACACAAAUUUUAAGCAUAAGGAGAGACAUCGUCUAACAUGGCGACCCCCUACACCAAACCAACGAUGGACUCAAAUAGACCAUAUUGCCAUCAGUCAUCGUUGGAGAGGGUCGGUAGAAGAUUGUCGCUCAUUCUGGAGUACCUGCUUGGACUCCGACCAUGCCCUAAUACGGGCACGCAUCUGCUUGCGCCUCACUGGACGCAAAAAAGCCACAUUAAAAAGACCCGUUAGAACUGAGUUGAGUAACGAGAAAACCAAAAGUAGGUUCCAGGAACAACUGAGGUCACACUUAGGUAGUUGUGAAGACGAGGCUGACCCAGAUGUUGCUUGGAAGGGCAUACAAUCAGCUGUGGAAACAGCAGUGACAUCUAUUAGUGACUUAAACCACAUAGUUACAAGGAACCAGUGGAUUUCUUCAAGGUCUGUCACACUGAUGGAUUCUCGCAAACUCGUCCCAUCAGGUUCUGAACAUGAUGAAGAGCGUAAACAAAUCAGAUCUAGGUUAAGAAAAAGUCUAAGGAACGACCGUGAGCAGUGGUGGGCAACGAAAGCAAAAGAGAUGGAAAAGGCGGCGACUAUAGGGAACACAAGACAGCUUUACAGACUAAUAAAAGAAACUGGAAUUAAUAAGUCAAGUGUAAGUGACCGGUUUGACAUAGGGUGCGUACGUUGAAGGCUCCAAUGUGUAGUUUGGAGCGAGGUUUCAGUAGACCUGGGACAGUGUUUUGCGCACUAGAAUCGUUGGCUACGGUGACACUUGAGAUGGAAGCCGAGAGAGGAAAUAUAGAGUUGAAAGUCGAUGUAGGAGGAAUAAUAGGAAUUGGAGAGGGAGGUUGAUUAUGAAUACAGUGGUCUUAAGUGCUGUUAGAAGUAUGAGGGCGGUUAUCACUUCCCGGUUGCCCACACCGUGGAAAGGUUGUUCUGGAGGUACCUGACUUUCGUAACCAAUGGUUGGAGACCCUUGGUGACAUGGCUCAGAAUCGAUCACAAUGGCGUCGGUGUAUACACUCUCUGUCUUCUCUUAAACUAAGAGAUUAAAAUCGCUUCAUAUCUUUCUUUCUACGAACUAAUUCUUUCUUCCUACACUAUAUCCUUAUUGCAAUCUUUCUCCUAUAUAUUACCACCUUUGACCUAACCACUCCUAUGAAUCCGGUGUUCAUCUUGCUGUGCUAAUGAGGUAUGGCAACCUGCGCCGAUGCAUACAUGUGCCUGGUCCUACGUUGUAGCUGACUGACUGACUGACUGUUUAAACUAAAAGAAGUUGUUGUACUCGAUAGAAUUUCCAUAAUUUGAUAUGAUGGCCAUAAAUAUCAGAUGUAGGUGUAUUUCUAAGAGCAUGUUUUUGAAAAAGUGUAUUGAACUAUUUUCGCACACAAUCGGUCUAAGUAGAAUAUUGAUCAGUCAGUCAUUUCAAAAAUCAUUAAUCUGUUUCUGAAUUUUUUAAUAAUUUCAUAGAUCGCGGUGUUCCUUAUCUUGCUGAAAUGAUUUUAGUCCAGCUAGAUGCAUCUAGUCUUCUUUCAGUUGAACUCGCUUCUAGAGGAUGGCAGUGGAGUGUUGCAAAGUAUCAACUGUGGCGUCGUCUACUAGCUUGUCGUGUAGCUACUGACCCAGUUUGGCAUGGGCUGUGUGAACGUAGAGGAUGGAUUGAAUUUAUUGACCACUCUGAUCCAGCUUAUUUACCUGCAUUACUCGAGCGACGUCGGGUCCCCAUAGGUGUUAGGCAUAAACUAACCGAAUUCUCCCCAUUCCUUGAUAGUAAUUCUUGCAUGGAAUGUGAAGCAUCAAAACUUUCUCCGAAACUAGAAUCAACUGUUAGUGUAAAUCGUCAGCAAUCUCUGGUAUGCCAGUGUCAUUCAGACAUUCAACAUUCCUUAAUAUAUCCUACUGAUACACACUCCUACGUAUCGAGAACUCAAAGUAUCCCAUUUUCAAGAGAUUCUACAAUUGAUGCAUCCAACACACCUAGUUGUUCUUUAAGCCCAUAUAAUGCGAAUGAUGGAUUAAAUCAUCGGCUUGUGAGUGCAACUUCUUUUUCCAUGGAGACAGAUCUACAUGAUGCACUUUCUUACGAAACAGUUAUGUUUGCCCAUCGCUUCUACAAACAACUUUAUCCUCGCAUAAUUCGUGAUAUAGCACGCGUCGAAGAUAACUGGACCCGUGGUCAGUAUCAUUUAACUCGGAUACCAUGUCGAAGCGAUGUCACAAAAGGCGUUUAUUGUCUUCAGUAUGAUAAGCAUAAAAUUGUUAGCGGUCUAAGAGAUGAUACUAUUAAGGUGUGGCAAAGAAUUCCAAACAUUUGUGCAAUCAAUAAAAAUAAAGGAUCUAGUUCUGAUUGUACUACUACUCCCAAUCCUGAUGAGUCUGGGCAUAAAGUCAGGGUGAGAAGUGACGCUCCUACGGCUGCAGGAGCAGCUGUUGAAGCACCAAAUCAAGAAGGCUUCAAUGCAGCAACAUGUUCCGACGGUUACCAUUGUACACAAGUCCUUGAAGGACAUUCAGGUUCCGUUUUAUGUUUGCAAUACAUCGGGAAUUUGCUGAUCAGUGGUUCCAGUGAUACAACAGUUCGUUUAUGGGAUUUAUCCACUGGAUGCUGUUUAAAUGUUAUUAAUCAUCAUGCUGAAGCUGUGCUGCAUUUACGGUUUCGUAAUAAUAUUCUAGUAACAUGUUCAAAAGAUCGCAGUAUUGCAGUAUGGGAUAUGGGUCCUUGGCCAAAAGAUGUUCAAUUACGUCAAGUUCUUGUUGGACAUCGAGCUGCUGUUAAUGUUGUUGAUUUCGAUGAUAAGUACAUUGUUUCAGCUAGUGGUGAUCGUACAAUCAAAGUUUGGGCUACGGAUACAUGUGCUUACGUGCGUACAUUGACAGGUCAUCGUCGAGGUAUUGCUUGUUUACAAUAUCGUGAUCGAUUAGUGGUUUCCGGAAGUUCCGAUAAUACAAUCCGUAUUUGGGAUAUUGAGACUGGUGUAUGUUUCAGAGUUCUUGAAGGACAUGAAGAACUAGUACGGUGUAUCCGCUUUGACUCUAAACGUAUUGUGUCAGGUGCAUAUGAUGGAAAAAUUAAAGUUUGGAAUUUAAAAGCUGCACUCAAUCCUCGUUCUAAACCAAAUCAAUUAUGUAUUCAUACAUUACAACAGCAUACUGGUCGUGUGUUUCGUUUACAAUUUGAUGAUUUUCAAAUUGUUUCAUCAUCACAUGAUGAUACUAUUUUAAUAUGGGAUUUUGCACGACCAGCUACUGGAAGUGAAGAACGUGAUGAUGGAUUUGAUGAUGGAAUAAAUGCUGCAUUAGCAUCACAAAAUAAUUGUCUCUGUUCAUUAAGAUCAGCUGCUGUACAAUGUCAUGUACAAUCAGAUAAUAUUAAUACUGGAGGUGGCUGUAGCAGUAGUAGUCAUACUAAUACUACUACUACUACUAAUAAUAAUAAUAACAACAACACAAACGACAAAAAUAACUUAACACUUGUCUCCAUUGAUAACAAGAAUAGUGUUACUGCUUCCACUUCCACUACUACUAUUACUAAUGCUAACAUCACCACCAUUCCCACGUCUACUAUUAGUGGUAAUAAUAAUCCUAAUGAUAAUUUCAGCAAUCCUAAUAAUUCCAUUAUGAAUCCAUCCAAAUCUAGUUUUAUCUCAUCAACUAAUAGAAAAAUUUAAAGAGAAAACAAAUUAAAUUGGUAUCAACUUACCAAUAUUUCACAUUUAUCAUUAAUUUAACUUGCACAGUAAUUUCUUCUUCUUAUUUUCUGUCUCUUCUCUCGAUGUUCAUGCUCCUACUAUUCAUGUUUAUCUUUGAAUUUGACGAUGAUGUUGAGUAUUUAGUUAUUUUUACUCAUGCAUAUAUAUAUAUCGGCCUAUUGUUACUAUUAUCCAUAUUAUUACUGUUACUUUCGGUUGUGUUAUUUUACAACUUAUCGGUAAAAUGAUUAGUCAGAACAUGA